AUGACAAGUGGUGCAAACUCUUCAGGAUCUUACCUGCCCUCAAAAAUAAGAAGUUCUAAAACAGAUGACAAUUAUUUGAAGGAACUGAAUGAGGACUUGAAGCUAAGGAAACAGGAACUGCUAGAGAUGCUCAAACCUCUAGAAGAUAAAAACAACCUCUUAUUCCAAAAGUUAAUGUCUAACUUGGAGGAAAAACAAAGGAGUCUUGAGAUCAUGAGGCAAAUUAUGGCAGGGAAGAAGGGUGAGGAAUCCUCAGUCAUGGAGCUCCUUAAGGAGGCAGAGGAGAUGAAACAGAACCUGGAAAGGAAAAACAAGAUGCUUCAGAAGGAAAUGGAGAUGCUAUGGAACAAGACAUUUGAAGCAGAAGAACUCAGUGAUCAACAAAGAGCACCAGAGAUAAAAAACAAGGCAGACUUGCAGGAUGGAAAUGCAAGUGGAAUGCAGGAAAAGCAACAGAGGAAAAUGGAAUGGGUCAAGUAUCAGGAACAAAACAACAUCCUUCAGAAUGAUUUUCGUGGAAAAGUGAUUGAGCUGAGAAUUGAAGCCUUGAAGAAGUACCAGAAGGCCAAUGACCUGAAAUUAUCACUGUAUUUGCAGCAGAAUUUUGAGCCAAUGCAAGCAUUUUUAAAUCUCCCUGGGUCCCAAGGUACUAUGGGCACUACAACUAUGGACAGACUGACUACUGGCAGAAAUGAACACCAUGUGAGAAUUCUGGGAUCAAAGGUCUACACAGAACAACAAGGAGCUACAGGAAGUCAGCUUGAUGAUGCAGGAGGGAGGCUCUUUUUUCUGAGGUCACUGACAGAUGAAGCGCUGAAGAAUUAGAAGGCUUUCACUCCAUUUGCUUUGGACAGAUUUAAAGACUAGGUGCAGCCAUUUGUGUUAAUUAAAAUCUCUCAAACCUUUGUUUUAGUGCUGUUUUCUCUCUAUCCCACCACCAACCUGGGUGGAAAUGUUGGAUGUUUGGCCUUAAACAUGUAUGGAAUGCAGUCAUUUAGGGAUUCUAAACAGCCUUUGAUUAUUUUGAUAGUUUUGGGAUUUGAAAUGAC